AUGGGCGCGCUGAAGCUUGUUCCUCUGCUGGCCCUUCAAGCACAGGUGGCAGCUCGUGAUGGCGAGAGCUCCGAGGAGGAGCGGUGGUUCAGCUGCAGCGCAGAAGCCUGGUUUGAUGAGCCAUCCCAGAGUGUGCGCGUGUCGCUGUGGGUUCGCGGCCGUCAGGCACAGCGCUUCGUGUCCCGCGGGUCCAAUCACUGCCAGCUCCUGGCGCGGACCCUCACAGGCAAAGAGAACUGCAAGGCAUGUCGCUGGUUCGACACUUCUGGCCCUGGAGCAUUGUCCAGAACCGGGUUCGGCCAAGUGGCGACGAACAUCCCAGCGGAAGCUUGUGCUGAUGGUACGUGGUCAGACGAGGCAUCUGUCUGGUUGCGACGUGACGGCCUGGUCCACCGGCAGAAGUACGUUGGCGCAUGCCUGCCUGAGGACUCCGAUGAUGAUUGGGCACUGCAAGCCACAUGGCUCGCAUGGGCUGCCCUUGUGGCCUCUUGUUGCUACAUCUUCGCCCCGAACUUCCGCAGCUUCCGGCUGCGUGGCAGUGAGGACAGCGAGGAGGAGUUGCCAAGACGUCGGGAUCCCCCCUGGCUGCCGAAGCAAAGGCCAGUUCCAGAGCGAGCGCCGGAGGACCACGACAGCAGUCCCGGCUGGAGCCCUUCGAGUGGUAUCCCUCCACUUGAUCUGUCGACGCCGAUGCGCUACGGGCCCAAAGCGGCCGGUAUCAUCCGAUCCAUUGACGAGGAUUUAGCCGCCAAGAUCGAUGCGCCCGAAGACGAGCGGAAGCGCAUCAUGAGAAAGUAUCUGAUGCGCUGGCAUCCAGACAAGAACCAAGAGGAGUCCAAAGAGACGACCACCGCUGUGAUUCAGCACCUCUAUGCGAGGAAGGCUUGGUUCGUGGAAGGGGCUCCAGCCCACGAGGGGGCGCCGUUGCUGCCCUGA